AUGACGCCCAUCACAAUCGCCAUCAUAGGCGCUGGGCUCAUCGGCCCUCGCCAUGCCAGGACAGCUUCUGCUCUAGAGACAACCAAGCUCGUUGCCAUCGUCGACCCUGCUCCACCAGGCGGCCUUCUGGCGUCCGAGUUAGGGGUCCCGCACUACAAAUCCAUUGCAGACUUGGUUGCUUCUCCGGACAAGCCGGAGGCUGCUAUUGUCUGCACGCCCAAUCACACCCAUGUCGCAGUGGCCAAGGAACUUUCGGCCGCAGGCAUCCACGUUCUCCUUGAGAAGCCCGUGAGUACUGACAUCAAUUCCGGCCAGGAAUUGAUUGAACAUCUCAAAGCGAACCCGGUCAAGGUCCUUGUUGGACACCAUCGCAGAUUCAACCCGUAUAUUGUGUCUGCCAAAAAAGUCCUUUCAUCUGGUUCGCUGGGGAACAUGAUCGCAAUCAGCGGAAUAUGGGCGACACUCAAGCCCCUCGAUUAUUUCGAUGCGCCUACGGAGUGGAGGCGGCACAAGACUGGUGGCGUUGUGCUAAUCAACUUGAUCCAUGAGGUGGAUUUGCUUCACCAUCUGAUUGGGCCCAUCAGUAAAGUCCAUGCCGAGAAGACGAUUUCGCAGAGAGGAUUUGAGGCCGAAGAGGGGGCUGCAUUGACGUUGAGAUUCAAGUCCGGAGUUGUAGGCACCUUCGUAAUCUCAGACAAUGUGUGCUCACCCUACAAUUUCGAGUCUGGAACGGGUGAAAACCCACUCAUCCCCAAGACUGGCCAGGAUACCUACCGUAUUUUCGGUUCCAAGGCCACUCUCAGUGUCCCAGAUUUGACUCUGUGGUCAUACAAGGGUGAGAAGCUGUCGUGGCAUUCGGAGAUGGAAUCUCAAAAGGCACCAGUCGCUCCGGGCAUUCCGUUCGAACUGCAGCUGGAUCAUUUCAGCAAGGUUAUCCACGGGCAGGAGGAGCCUAGCUGCACUGUCCGGACAGGAUUAGCUGCCUUGAUUGUUUGCGACGCCGUGAAGAAGGCUUUGGAGACGAAUACUACUAUAGAGAUUGAUGAUUACGAACUAUAG